AACUUAUAGCUAGUUGAGUUUUUGGUCUCUGAAGGCCUUCGGAGCCGCAUGUUCGCCCAGUGAACAGGUAAAUGCAAAUCUAAAGAAAAAACUCAGAGCUUUGAGGUAUGCGUGCGCUCUUUGGCUGAAGGCUGGGUUACGACUUCGCCUGGAGCGCAAGAGGGGGGAAAACGGUGGAGCCAAUGGGAAGGCAGCUUCCAGCCCAGCUCUCUAUAACUCUGUGUCACAGGGGCUGAGCGAUGCCACAACUAAGUUUCUGCAGCUGGGAGAGUUUCAGUGGACUAUAGGCUCUUCAAAGCUGUGCGUUCAAAGAGCGCGCAUACACCAAUUCUUUAUUGCGAUUUGGCUUUGCGCACUCCACAACGAAAUAAUCCACCAGUGGACUUCCUUUACUCUGGAGGGCUGCUUUCACCAUGAGCGCCGGACAGACGUAUGAGAAGAAGAUUGCGUGUAUUUUGACCGAUCUGCCAGGAUCUAUGAGUUGCCACCCGAACUCCAAGGACUCUCCUACUCUGCCCGAGUCUUCAGUGACGGACAUGGGCUACUACAGCGGACAGACGGCCCACGGCCAGCACGAAUAUUAUCAGAGUCAACCGUACGGACAGCCCAUGAACUCUUACCAUCAUCAGUUUAAUCUGAACGGAAUGGGAGCUGCUGGAGCGUACGGCACCAAGUCUGAGUACCCCUACACAAAUAGCUACAGACAGUACGGACAUUACAACAGAGAACACCUGCAGGCCUCACCUCCGGGCUCAGUGAAAGAAGAGCCAGAGCCUGAGGUCCGCAUGGUGAAUGGAAAACCGAAAAAGAUCCGCAAGCCGAGGACGAUCUACUCCAGCUACCAGCUCGCUGCUCUGCAGAGGCGCUUCCAGAAGGCGCAGUACCUCGCUCUGCCCGAGAGAGCAGAGCUGGCGGCUCAGCUCGGCCUCACUCAGACACAGGUCAAGAUCUGGUUCCAGAACCGGAGGUCUAAGUUCAAGAAACUGUACAAAAACGGCGAGGUUCCCCUAGACCACAGUCCUAACGCCAGCGACUCCAUGGCCUGCAAUUCCCCGCCCUCCCCCGCAGUGUGGGAGAACAGCACCCCUCAGAACACCCCGAUCAGCAGACCUCAGGUCCCGCAGCCGACGCACAGCUCGUCGCCGCCAUACCUGGAGGAUUAUAACAACCACUGGUACCAGCAGGGAUCACACCUACAGCACCCGGGCACCGUGCACCACCCAGUCCCGCAGCAAAGUGUGGGAGCUGUUUAUUGACAAUGACUCAAGAGCAGAUUCAUCUCCUCAGUUUUUACAAACGAGGUCUCUCCACAAUGACUCUGCAGAGCAAAGGUUGACUGGACCGGGAGGAGGCCUGAAGUGAAUUGCUUUUGGGUUUUUUGGAUGAUCAAGACUCUUUGAGAACUGGGUUUUCCAUUCACAAAGCACAUAAGGGAUUUCUGAUCACUUGUGGCAGCAUAUUUAACGGACAUCUGGCGUGAUUUUUUAAAUUAUUUAUCGCUUCUGUUGUAUUUCCUUAACUUCUUUUGUAAAUGAAUAUGCAAAGUUUUUUAAACAAGUAGCUUAACUACAAACCGAAUAUUGACAAAACGGUGCAGUUGAUCCAUGCUACAUUCAAAUCAUGCAUGUGGGUUUGUAGAGAGCGCGUCAAAUAAAAAAAAAAACUCAGGUCAUAUUUAUAUGGAUUUGUACAAAACGUCGAAGGUUGUAAAUAUGUGUUUAUAUGCAGAACCACUAUGAUCAUUUUUGUUUGAAACAGAACGACUGCACUGUGGUGCUUCCAAAACCAUUUUCAUAUCCAUGUAAUUAGCCCACUUGUUGCCUUCUUGUCAAUUGAAUAAAGGUGUUACUUGCA